ACGAAACACAACACAAAAACUCCAAUAAAUUCUCGCAAUAAAUACAAAGAGAUGUCAGAAUCGGAGGAAAGUUGGGUUUUGGACUCUUUGGUGGGUUUCCUUCGCGGCCCCGUUUGGAACCUCACGAUUCAGGCGUUCGUCGAAAACAAGUCCGUCGUGUUCGACUCGGAAUCGCCGGAAGAAGAGGUUCGCGAAGAAUACCGUUUAGUGUUCGAGGACUACAAGAAACUCGUCGAUCGCCUCCUGUCCUCUCAUAUGUCGGAUUUGGGCAUUUCUGGGCCGCAGUUCGACGACGCCUUACGUUCUGCGGACGGCCUCUUGGCGUCCAAACUGCGGCGCCUCCUAUUCGAGCAAAUCUGGGCGGCGAACGAUUUCCGCGUUUUCGUCCGUUUUAUGACUCAACGCAAUAUUGAACUCCAAUUACAAGCGCUCGAAGUUUUGGUCCAAAAGUUCGGAAAAGUUUACGACUCUUUCGUUCCGUUCGGAGAAAACGGCGAAUCCUUUCUCAACGAAGAGACGACCGUAAAAGAGGCCAUUCGGCGGUCACUGGAGGCCGAGGGGGAAGAG